AUGUACCAGGUUCGGCAACGUCAGGCAACUUUUCAAAUUCAUCACACGGGUCUCGUAUGUCUUCGAUCUGGAUCUGAAAGAGCUACUACAAGGAUCAACGGCAGUCAGGUUUCUGCACGAGAUGUCUGCGUCUUAAAAGAGAAUGCUGUCGAGUUAACCUUUGGAGCUCUCUGCUACCGUCUCGAAUACGCCCGAGGGUCUCGCGCAGAAGGAUAUACUGCCCGGCUGCAGCACUAUCUUUCAGACACUCUUGAUUCCCAAGUCAGUCAGUCUACUCUGGCCCUUACACCUACACCAUCUGAACAAGGGUCUAUUACUAUCGGUCAAUGGACGUUAACGACGGGUACCAUUGGUGUUGGCGGUUCAGGGAGGGUUAGUGUGGGGAUGAACAGAGCAGGGAAGCUCGUCGCGUUAAAACGUAUCCAUGUUGGCAAGGAUAGAGAGUAUGCGCAACAAAGAAGAACAAGACUAGAGAGUUUAGCGGCGUUGUGCGCGAGAUAUGAUGAGGAACGGAUCCUGAGACUAGUAGAGGUUAUCACGGAUGAAGUCAGGGCAACGAAUAACCAUGCGGACUGGUGGUUUGUUUUGGAUCCUGCUGCAGAGAGUACAUUAGUCUCGCUUCACGUCGAAAAGCGACUUGGUGAGGGUAAUGAAAGAACUGUCCUCAUCGAGAUCCUCGAAGCAACACAAUUUCUCCACAAGCACGGAUGGAUACACGGCGACAUCAAGCCUCCCAACGUCGGCAUCCGUAACUGGUCUUCCCAAACCCGAUCCAUCGUCCUGCUCGAUCUCGAUGACGCGCAAAGAGUCCACCUCCAGGCCAAACACUCCCCGCGAGACCUGGAUGUCCAAUACGGUCUUGGAAUCGUAGAUGCGGAGGAAAACCUCAGCCAACCAUUCAUAAUCCAGCGGCUACAGCCCCCUGGGUCUAUCUCCAGUCCAGACUCUAGUGUUGCAUCAGCCAGGAAAUAUGAUCCUCCUACAAACUUUCCCCCGCCUUUAUCUCGUUUGCAAUUUGAAGCCUUGCACAACGCUCCAUUUACGUCUGACCGAGCACUCAAGCGUCGCAACGUGGAUGAUUACUCCGAUGCACCAGAAGAUCUUAAUGCAAACGCGGAAGAGGUUGACGAAGGUAAGGAAGAGGCAAUCACAGCAUCCUGCUAUACAGAAUCGCAAUGCUCAUCUCCCCCCAAGCCCAUUCUUACGCCCCCCUACCGGUUGCAUAUGCUCCGAGCGAAGUUUUAA